AAAUUACUUUUACGUACUUUUAAACGUGCGUUUGUUGUUGAUAUUAUAAUAAUUAUUAUAGUCACCUAUAACUGAUGGUAACGUCGUCAGAUUUGUCCGUGGAUUCGAAAAUAACAUCGGAAAUGCAUUCGAGUAUCGAUUAUGGGGAUAUGAUUUAAACAUAAAAUGGUGGAUAAUGUCAAUAACACGGAGCUGAAUUACGGUGAUACGCCAUAUCCGGACGAUGGAACUCCGUGGUUGGAUACACCUACGUCCAACCAGGUGUUGGGCGUCGAAGAGACCGAAGAGACGUCCACCGUACCUUCGGAAAUGAUACCCACCGGAACCGGAGGUCCAAUUGUAAUACGGACCGAAGAGGCGUUCAUUGUCAUAUGUGUAAUGAUACUAUGGGUGGCGGCCAUCGCAUUGUUCUUCAACCGAUGGGGCAAAAUUCGCAUGCUUGAACCAUACCAACCGAAAUUCCACGAAGAAGAACACCGUCCAAGCUGCCCAAUGGUCGAAUUGGCUAGUGCUUCGGGAAUCGGUCAUAGUAUAACCGGAGGGCACCGCACGUCGUUCUCCAAGUUCAACGUGAACAGUUGCCUGGAACCGUCAGCCAUUUUCCAGACGAUACAGCCGACGCAUCGGGCCCUGCAAAUCCGACCGCGGCAAAACUCCAUGUUCGCGGGCGGCGGCGCGUUGCCGGGCGCGUGUGGCCCGUCGCAGCUGACCGGCCACUGCACGCUGAUGGCCGGCCGCCCGCGGAAGGCCAAGUCGGCGGCCGACAUCAAGUCGCUGGUGCAGCACGAGUGCGGCCCCGCCCGGACCAGCCGGUCGAUGUUGCCGAUGACCGUGGGCGCGGCCGCCGUGGCCGCGGUGGCCGAGCGCCGGGUGUCGUGCGCCGCGCCCACGACCAACUCGUCAUUCGGUGGUUACGGUUGUGGCGGCGGCGGCGGCGGCAGCGGUUACGGUUACGGUUCGCUGUCGGUGGCCGCGGUCAAGGAACGCCGGUCGUGCAGCCUGUUCCCGUCGCCCGCCUCCGCGGCCGUCGCGUCCGACAAACGUUUCUUCUCGUCGUCGUCGUCGUCCACAAACACGCCGCCGGCCCCGUGCCUGUGCGACGUCCCGUUCGGCCAGCCGUCGUCGUCGUGGGCGUCGGCCAAACGCGAUUUCCUCAUGACGCCGUCCACGUCGCUGGGCGGCGGUUCCGGUUUCGGCGGCGGCGGCAUUGCGGGCGGCCGGCGCACGUCGUGUGGCAUGGACCACCUGUGCCCGACGUCCAUAACGCUGAAGGACCGCCGGCCGUCGUUCAACAACGUCAUCGCUCAGGUGACCGCCGAACGCCGCCCGUCGUCCAGCAUGCUCAGGAUCAGCAACGUUUAAUGCGGCGCAGUGCCAACUCUGCGGCAAAUGUCGUGGUUCGCGAUAUCAUAAUACUAUUGUAAUAUUAUCGUUAUUGUUAUGGUGUUGCGUGUACCAUUGCACGUGCAGCCGACCGUCCACAGCACGUAUAUUGUUAAGAUGCAGGUCGACUUACGAAAAAAAAAGUUUCUUUUUUUUCGGUCUUAGAGAAAAAAUGCCUAUACGUAUAUUACGCUCGACGCCGUACGACUUUAAUAUAAAAAUUAUAACUCAAAAUUAUUUUUAUCCCCCCCCCCCCGGAAUCCGAGUUAUCGAGAGUCGACCGUAUAUAUUAUAAUAAUAUAUCUAUUAUAAUACAUUAUCAUUAAUUAAUAUACUGUUUUCGUUUUUAAAGAUAAGUCUACGCACGCAUAUGUUUUAUGCAUUGAAUGAUAUUAUAGCCUCGUGACCUACGUUGGUUUGCUUUAAAUUAUAAUUGUAUGUAUGAUAUAUACAUGGUAUUGAAAUAUUAUGUCAUGUGUACCUAUAAAAUAUAUUAUUAUUAUUAAAAGUUGUAAAA